GGAACAUUCCCGACACGGUGCGUGGAUGGGUGUGCGCGUGGACUAGUGUGCGUGUGUGUCAGCUGCCUCAUCUCGUGUUGAUGUCGAGUGGCUGCCACCGGGCCUGACGGUUAAUAACGGAAUAAAACACCCCCCGGCCCCCGCCCCGUACACGGAGCCCCCCUUCCACGACACCGUGACCCGACCCGUCCUGUCCGAAACGAUGAGCCAGCCUCGGCCGGACGAGUUCAAGCCGCCCCCGGAGUGCCCGGUGUUCGAGCCCAGCUGGGAAGAAUUUGCAGACCCGUAUGCCUUCAUCAAUAAGAUCCGUCCCAUCGCCGAGAAAACGGGCAUUUGCAAAGUCCGGCCGCCUCAGGGUUGGCAGCCUCCAUUUGCUUGCGAUGUUGACAGACUUCACUUUGUACCUCGGAUCCAGAGGCUCAACGAACUGGAGGCUCAGACGAGAGUCAAGCUCAACUUUUUGGACCAGAUUGCCAAAUUCUGGGAUUUGCAGGGAUGUUCCUUGAAGAUUCCCCACGUGGAGAGGAAGAUUUUGGAUUUGUACCAGCUCAACAAGUUAGUAGCGGAGGAAGGCGGAUUUGACAUCGUCUGCCGGGACAGACGUUGGACUAAGAUUGCGAUGCAGAUGGGCUUCGCCCCGGGGAAAGCUGUUGGCUCACACCUGCGAGGACAUUAUGAGAAAACUCUCUACCCCUACAAUCUCUUUCAAAGCGGCGCAAAUCUGCUGACACCAGAGGCAGCUUCCAAACUGAUGCGUUUGGAGGCUGAUCCUGAGCGCGAAAAGUGUGUUCAAAAGGCAGUCCACGCAGACCCGGAGGAGGGUGCCGAAAGUGCGGAUCCGGUCGACAUCAAGGAGCCGAACCUGCCUGAGCCACUACAGAGUCAGCCCCUCCAGAUGGCCAAUUCUUACCCCGGCGCUCGCAGAGGAAAACGCAUGAAGUAUGAGGUGGGGGUUGUUCACUCAAAUGCUUCUCUCCGCAUUUGUCACCAAACACGCAAUGGAUAUCUAAUGUCUGCACGGCCGUUCAAAUGCGGAAAGAUUUAUCGAUAUCUAUUUUUUACUAGCAGAGAGAAAACCAUAACAAAUGAUCAGAGGGGAAUUUUUCAAGAUGGCCCACACUACUGCUGCGCAUCGAGUAGGAACCUUUGCUUCCUCCUCCAGGUGGAUCUGGUUGUGUGUCUGGUUUGUGGCAGCGGGGGCGACGAGGACCGCUUGUUGCUAUGUGACGGCUGCGACGACAGCUACCAUACCUUCUGCCUCAUCCCCCCUCUGACUGACGUCCCCAAGGGAGACUGGAGGUGCCCCAAGUGUCUGGCUCAGGAAUGUAGCAAGCCUCAUGAAGCGUUUGGCUUUGAGCAGGCUUACAGGGACUACUCCCUUCGGGCCUUUGGGCAAAUGGCGGAUGCAUUCAAGUCCGAUUAUUUUAACAUGCCAGUUCACAUGGUCCCUACGGAGCUCGUGGAAAAAGAGUUCUGGCGCUUGGUAGGAGCCAUCGAGGAGGACGUUACCGUCGAAUAUGGAGCAGAUAUUGCGUCAAAGGAGUUUGGCAGCGGAUUCCCCAUUCCCAAUGGAAAAUUUAAGGUCUCGCCUGCGGACGAGAAAUACCUCAGGUGCGGGUGGAACCUCAACAACAUGGCAAUGAUGAACCCGUCCGUCCUCACCCACGUGACGGCGGACAUCUGCGGCAUGACGUUGCCGUGGCUUUACGUUGGCAUGUGCUUCUCCUCCUUCUGUUGGCACAUCGAGGACCACUGGAGCUACUCCAUCAACUACCUCCACUGGGGGGAGCCCAAAACUUGGUACGGAGCUCCCGGCGGUGCUGCGGAGCAGCUGGAGGAGGUGAUGAAGAAACUGGCCCCGGAACUGUUUGAGUCUCAGCCCGACCUCUUGCACCAGCUGGUCACCAUCAUGAACCCGAAUACCCUGAUGGCCCACGGGGUCCCGAUUUAUAGAACAAACCAGUGCGCUGGUGAAUUUGUCGUCACCUUUCCCAGAGCCUACCACAGCGGCUUCAAUCAAGGCUUCAACUUUGCGGAGGCAGUCAACUUCUGCACUGUUGAUUGGAUGUCUCUCGGUAGGCAAUGCGUCAGUCACUACCGCACGCUCCACCGCUACAACGUCUUCUCCCACGACGAGAUGGUGUGCAACAUGGCAGCCAAAGCAGAGACCCUCGAUGUGGUGUUGGCAUCCGCUGUCCACAAGGACAUGGCCGUCAUGAUCAUGGAAGAGCAGGAACUGAGGGGAAAAGUGGCAAAAAUGGGAUUGGUGCAGUGGCGGGAGGCCAAGUACGAUCAUCUCCAGGAUGACGAGCGGCAGUGUGCCAAGUGCCGGACCACCUGUUACCUGUCCGCCAUCACGUGUCCCUGCAGCCCGGGCGUGCUGGUCUGCCUGCAUCACGUCAGCGACCUGUGCUCCUGCCCGCUCACCGACUACACGCUCAAUUACAGAUACACGCUGGAGGACCUCUUACCCAUGAUGAAUGCCUCCAAGCAGCGGGCUGAGCAGUAUGACGCCUGGGCCUCUCGCGUGUCAGAGACUCUGGAGGCCAAACUGGAAAAGAAGAAAGGCUUGCCAGUUUUCCGCUCGCUGCUUGCCGAAUCCGAGUCGGAACGCUUCCCCGAAAAUGACCUGCUGCGUCGCCUGCGUCUGGUCACCCAGGAUGCAGAGAAGUGCUCCUCCGUGGCGCAGCAGCUCUUGAACGGGAAACGGCAGACCAGGUAUCAAUGUGGCGUCGGGAAAUCCCGGAGCCAGCUGACCGUGGAGGAGCUGCGUUCGUUUGUGAGGCAGCUGUAUAACCUCUCCUGCAGCCUCACGCAAGCGCCCUUGUUGAAGGAACUCUUGAAUCGCAUCGAAGACUUCCAGCAGCACAGCGAGAAGGUCCUGGCCGACGAGUCUCCCGGCGCGGCUGAGAUCCAGAGCCUGUUGGACGUCAGCUUUGACUUUGACGUGGACCUGCCCGAGCUGCCGCGCUUGAGGGAGCGGCUAGAACAGGCCCGCUGGCUCGAAGGGGUGGAGCAAGCCGUCAUCCAGCCUGCAAGCCUCACUUUGGAAACCAUGCGGAGGCUCAUCGACCAGGGCGUGGGCCUGCCACCGCAUUCUUCCGUGGAGAAAGCCAUGGCGCGCCUUCAGGAGCUUUUGACCGUGUCGGAGCACUUGGAGGACAAGGCGAGCGGUCUUCUGAAAGCCAGACCGCCUCACUCCAUUGAGACCCUGAAUGCUGCGGCUGAGGAAGUUUCCGGCGUCUCCUCUCACCUCCCUAACUGCCUCCUCCUGAAGGACACCAUCAGAAAAGCUCUAGAGUGGCUCCAGGAAACAGAGGAGCUUCAGGCUAAUGACCGCAGACCUCUGGUGGACAACUUAACUGAUAUGGUGCUACGAGGACAAGCCAUCCAAGUCCACCUGGAGCCCUUAGACAGACUCGAGUCCGUUGUGGCAGAAGUGCAAGACUGGAAAGAAUCUGCUGCCUCCCUUUUCCUCCCGAAGGACACGGCCCACACCCUACUGGAGGCUUUGUGUCCAAGAUGUGAGGUUGGAAAUGAAGGCUCCCCUAAGAGGAAGGCCAAGAAGGGGAAGGAAUCGCCUAAAAGUACCAAGAAAAAAGGCCCGAGGCUCAACACUGUCAGCGAUGUGGAGAAAGCGCUUUCGGAGGCCAAGGACUCCGCCUCCGUUAAUGCGACGCUCGAGGCUCUGCGGGCCAGGGAGAUGGAGGCCUUCCGUCAGCUGAGAGUGGCAAACGAGUCCAAGCUGCUCCCGACCGCAGACUGCACGGACCUGAAGGUGUGCGUCUGUCAGAAGGCGCUCAUGGGAGCCAUGCUGCAGUGCGAGCUCUGCAGGGACGCCUUCCACAGCGUGUGCGUCCGGGACCGAUCGGACCUCAGCGACACGCCUCCGUGGCUGUGUCCCCAGUGUCAGAGAUCCAGAAAGCCGCCGCUGAGCAAAGUUCAGCCUCUGCUCGCGUCCCUGAGGCGGAUCAGAGUUCGACUGCCCGAAGGGGACGCGCUGCACCACCUGGUUGAGAGGACGGUUAACUGGCAGCGUCGGGCGCAGCAGAUUGUGCAGUCUUGCCAUUUGACCGAGCUGGAAAAGGGAGCCGAAGCGCCCCCCGUUCUGACCCGCUGCGCGUCAGACUCCGCCGACACUUACGGCAACACGCAGGUCGCGCGUCGUCUCCCUUUUCGCUCGCUUUGGGGGAUCGGGGUUCGUCAUCUUGGUGUUUUCCUGCAGGCCCCUUGUUUGACUCCAGAGUGGAACAAGACGACCCAUUCCCAGACCGUCUUCUAUACCGAGCAGAGAUGCAUUCCGCUGCAGGGCUUGAAUCAGGACCUGGAGGAACUGAUGGUGGAAGGCCUCCUCCUGCAAGUGUCACUGCCAGAAGUCCACACGCUGCACCGUCUUUUAUUGGACAGGGCCACGAGCCAGCACACGAUGUCUCCAGCACGGGACGAUUCCACGGACUGCGACAAACGCGGACAGUUUCACUCUCAGGGAACAAAACUCAGUCAGGAUGCAAAAGUGAGGGAAGCUCUGAUGGUGCCAGAGAAGAAAGCAAAGAGGCAUUUGCCGAUCCACGGGGAGCGGCGGGCGAGGGACAGAAAGCAUUCUCACAAAAGACAGAAGCUGAAUCAAAAGGAAGUUCAGCGCAGGCCGGCCUCCAACUUGUCCUCGCCGCGUUCUGAUAUCUCGCAGUCCGACGAGUCCGAUGAGGACAUGGCCGUGUGUCCCGCGGAGCGAUGCCACCUCCCUGAGGGAAAUGAGGUGGACUGGGUCCAGUGUGAUGGCUGCUGCAACCAGUGGUUUCACCAAGUGUGUGUCGGGGUCACGGCCGAAAUGGCUGAGAAGGAGGACUACGUUUGUGUCCGAUGUGCACUGAGCACCACGCGCAUGAUGGAAUGAAGCGAUCCCGCCCAAAACGACGCUUGUUGGGUGCCACCAGCCUCACCCUCACCUUUUGUCCAACCCUUUUGUAACAAUGGUGCUAUCUUCUCUUUCACUUGUUGUCCAGAACUAUAAUUGUUCGGUUCUUUUUUUUUUGGGGGGGGGGGGAUUUUUACAUGCAUAUUAUAUAUAUUUACUUAUGAAUUGUUUGUGGCGGUCAAAAUGGAGGGGAAAAAAAACAGGAUGUGAUGUGUACUGCAUGGGAUGCCAUUACAUCGACGUAAAGGAGUCUUACUUCAAACACACCCAGUCAUGGUUAAAUGGUUGAUCAGGGGGUCAAUAUUCUCUUCUCUCAAGCCUAAUUGCAUGCAAGAUUUAAUGACAUCGGAGCCAAGGUUUUCUCCCACCUCCCUUUUGAAUCCAGCGUUUGGUACAUGCAUCUUCAUAUGAUCGUUGCCAUUUUUGUAGAAUAGUUUUAUUUAUCCGAGCAAUAAUUUCUGUCCAAUUUAACAAAUGGAUCUCCGGCGAAUCGUUGCUGCCGUUAGCAAUGGUGCGAUGUACAGCGGGGAACGGGCGCAGCUGCAGCAGCGGGUUGAAGACACUGCUCACAUGUACAAAUGGCAGCGUGUAACUUGGGAUAGGAUACUCAGUGUGGACUUGCUAUAGUUUAUAUUGUGGAAUAAAUUCAUUUUGUUCUAUGGAUAAGUCUGUCUUUGAUACAGUGAUCAGUUCUGUGUUGUGCCGUGGCAGAACCAAGAUGUGUGCGUUUAUUUUGAACAGUCAUUUCAGAAAGCUGAAGAGGAGGAUGCUCAGCCUUUCGCAAUAAAAUGAACCAAA